AUGAAGCUUUUACUCCGGUACGGAAAAUUUACCAGACAAUUAUAUCGCAGUGCCACACUUCUCACAAAAGUGGGCCCCACUAAUUCAGCGCAAUUCACUAAAGGUUUGGAAAAUAGCAUUAACAAGGAUGAUUUGCCCGGGAAUCUAAUCAACAAGCUACCAGAGGAGCUUAUAUCUGAAGGGAAUGGACUUAAGUCGACAACAGCUGAGAAUCAACUGGACACAUUAAAGUAUUACAAUGACUUAAUACAGAGUGGUUUUAGCCCAAAACAGAGUACGAAAGUCAUAGAACUACUUUUGCAGACCCUCAAUGAAGAAUUUUUUGAAACUUACAACAAGAAGUUUCUACGAAAAAUGGAACUUGAAAAUCAGUCCCAUUUGUUCAAUGCAGCUGAGACAGAACUACGGUAUGCUAUACAAAUCUCCCGUGAAACAGCGCUAAAUGAACAAAACUUAAAGCUGACAAAGCUAAACAGAGAUCUUCAACUUCUUCAUGAUGAUCUCAAUGAGUUACUAAUUAAUUUGUUGAAGAAGGACUCAAGAGUCGAUUUUAAUGAUCAUAAAAUCGAAAACACAUUACUUCAUCGUAACAUCAAUUUAACUUUAAAGGACUGCAACAACAAGAUUGGAACGAGAAUUAUCGGUAACAUGAAAUCAGAAAUAGAAAAUCUGAGGUGGCAAACUACUAGAAGUGGUCUUUUUGCUGUCCUUGUUUUGGUUUUCUUUAUUAUGAGCGGAGUUAGUAUAUCCAAGCGUAUCGCAACAGAUAACGAUAAGCCAGUAGAAGUAAUUCUUCACACAAUCGAACCAGAGGAGAGCUCUGAAAACGAAAGUGGCGAACAACAGUUAUCAGAUGGUGAGGAUCGAUAA